AUGGCGUCCCUGACGAAUCCCCUUGCUACGGUGGAGCAGCUCUACCGCCGCUCGACCUCCUCAGAGCUUCCUCCAGAUCUGCAGGAAGCCGUCUUCUUCGCGACGCAAUGCCUCACGCAAGCGGCCGGCCUGCUGCUGGAGCUCCCGCAAUCCGUGACGGCGCAGGCCAACGUCGUACUGGCGCGAUUCUGGCUGGUAGACUCGCCAAUGGCAGACGAGUUUAGCGACGUAUCCGCGGCUUCAUUAUAUCUCGUCGCCAAGAUGGGAUCGUUUCCUCGCUCGCCUCGUGACGUCUCGACCGUAUAUGCCUACCUACUAUCGCCAAGCUCGGCCUUUCUCAGAAACCCCGGCCCCGCGACGGCCACCAACGAUCCAGCCUCUUACUACCAAACCGAGGACCAAUACUACAGAUUCCAAAAGGGCAUGCUUGAGCUGGAGGCCCGAAUAUUGUUCUCGCUCUCGUUCAACGUGCACGUCGCGCUCCCCCAUGGCCUCAUGGUCACGUACCUCCAGACCCUCGACUUUCUCUCCCAUUCCCGGCGCGAAAUCUCGCUGCGCGCUUCGCAGUAUCUUAACACGGCCCUACUGAGCCCCCAACUACUAUACCUCACGCACCAGCCGCACGCUCUCGCCACGGCGGCGAUAUACAACGCUGCGCGCGACCUGGGUGCGUCGAUGCCAGAGUGCGCCUGGUGGGAGAUCUUUGACGUGGACCGUGAGGAGCUGGGCUUUCUCGUGGUUGGCAUGCGCAGCCUCGAGGGCUGGAUGAAGACUCGGAAGGAGGAGCUGCCGUCGAUAUUGGGCCAGGGCAUGCCUCGCAGACAGGAUGUCGAGGCUGAGAUGAGACGGAGGAGUGAAGGUGCAGGUGACGGGGAAGACGAAGUCAUGAGAAUGAUGGAUAGCAAGAGAGGACAAUUAUAA